GGUUAAUGAUUUGCAAGGUGACGCAGGAAGGGCUAAAGGCCUUUCCAAGGUUCACUGGCUGCGGAAUAUGUGGAAGUGACAGCAUCCUCCUGCACCUCACCCCCCCCCCCUUUCCGUGACAUUUGCAUCUGCACCUGAACAUCCAGAGCCCUUCGAGGCCUACAGCAGCGAAGAUGAUAGAGAUCACAGAAAUCCAGAGGAUUGGUGUGGGACUUGUGGGCUUUGGGGUGUUUUUCCUCCUUUUCGGUGUGCUAUUGUACAUGGAUUCGGUGCUUCUGGCCUUCGGAAAUAUCCUGUUCCUGUCUGGCCUGGCCAUUAUCAUUGGACUAAGAAGAACCUUUGGUUUCUUCUUCCAGAGGCAGAAGCUUAAGGGAACCAGUUUCUUUUUGGGGGGCAUACUUAUCGUCCUGCUUCGGUGGCCUGUCCUAGGCAUGCUUCUGGAGACCUAUGGCUUCAUUAACCUCUUCAGGAGUUUUUUCCCAGUUGCCUUUGGAUUUCUGGGAUCAUUGGUGAACAUCCCAUUUUUGAGCAAGCUGUUCCAGAAACUUGGAGACACCAGCUCUAUGGUGUAGCCUGGAGAAGUGGUUUCCUACCACAGACAACUUCCCCUCCUACAAGCAAAUAGACCUUUUUUAUAGGCUACUGUAUGUUUUCACAGUGAUGUGCCAUUGAGACCUCCUGCCCAGUUCAUACCUUUGAAGGCCCCUGUGUGAUCACCUGCAGGAGUAUGCAAGGUUAUUAGCAGGUUCAUAUCCCAGAAGGAAUUGCCUGGAGGUGCUGUUUGCAAGAACAAUUACAACUGAACUGCUGGUUCAUAAAGAUGAUCAUGUUGGAGCUAGACAAUGGCCAUGGACAAUGGCUGAGUGAGCAUCGGUACCUGGGCACAUCCGUGUUCCCAAGAUUUCUUAGCAACAAACCAACAUUUAGGACUUGUCAAAUUGCUCCAAGGAAGACACAUCCCUUUGAGUCUUCACCUUCCAAACAGCUGCAGUAGAGUGAGUAAGCAAAGUGUCCAAUUUCUUUUGUUUCGUUGACAUGCUGCACCCACUGAUAUUUUUCGUCUCUUGU